AUGCACUCCCGUGCCAGUUUAUUCUGCCCGAUCGAUAACACCGCACGCCUCUUCAACCACCACCAAACCAGCAAGGCCAUGACUAUCAUUAGUAUAAUUCCCACAACGGUCGGCCAGGUUAUUAUAGCAACCAAAUUCUCUCUCCAGCCCGAAUUCGGCGAAUCUCUCUUACAAUGGGUUCCCACAAUCCCGUCCAUCCACUGGUAUUCGUUCCUACCGGAUCUAACAAAGCCUCAUUCUCUUCAAACUUCUCUUCUGCUUGGUAGUAGGGAGCUAACCAGUGACACUGAAGCUCCCAUAUCGACAAGGGCCUCCACCUUCUUGUCUCCCAGCAACACUUUACAAGUGAAGUCUGGCCCUUCCUUCAGCAAACGGUAUACCUGUGCCUUUCUCCUUCCCGUAUGUUCUCUCCCUUCCUCCCGCUUUCUCGACAACCAAGACAAACCCAUUUCUCCACCCCCCAUUCGAGUUAGGGUUGUUCCGUUCGGUGUGGUCCAUCUUUCUCCUGCGAGGACAGGUUCGUCUCAAAUGACCCGCUCCUCCACAGCGCCAACACCUUCGCUCCUUACAAGUGGCCGAAAAGUGCCCGACCACACCACAUAUCUAAGUGCAAUGAGCGAACAAAGGAAACCAAAAAAUGACUUACCUGAGGUCCGCCGCUCCGUGUUUUGUUUCAUUUUCCUCCUUCUUUUGUUUCCUUCUCUUUUCCCCCUUAUGUCUCUUUCAGACCAAUAUAGUCCGAAGACUAGAGUCCUUUCUGGUCUUACUCGGUUCUGA